GGGAAAGUAGGCGUAGCUUGCUAGCAAUUAGAGGGGCUGGUUUAGGGGCCGUUGUCACUACACGUGGAUGGAAGUGAAAUGAGUCAAACACACUUCUAACUGCGGCGGAUUUCUUCGAGUCUUUUCCACCAUGGAUUGCCAAGAAAAUGAGUACUGGGACCAAUGGGGACGGUGUGUCACCUGCCUACAGUGUGGUCCUGGACAGGAACUCUCCAAGGACUGUGGCUAUGGAGAGGGGGGAGAUGCCUACUGCACAGCCUGCCCUCCUCGCAGGUACAAAAGUAGCUGGGGCCACCACAGAUGUCAGAGCUGUAUCAACUGUGCGGUUAUCAAUCGUGUGCAAAAGGCCAACUGCACACCUACCUCUAAUGCUGUCUGUGGGGACUGUCUGCCCAGGUUCUACCGAAAGACACGCAUUGGAGGCCUACAGGACCAAGAGUGCAUCCCAUGCACGAAGCAGACCCCCACCUCUGAGGUUCAGUGUGCCUUCCAACUGAGCUUAGUGAAGGCAGACGCACCCACAGUGCCCCCUCAGGAGGCUCCACUUGUUGCACUGGUGAGCAGUCUGCUAGUGCUGUUUACCCUGGCCUUCCUGGGGCUCUUCUUCCUCUACUGCAAGCAGUUCUUCAACAGACAUUGCCAGCGUGUUGCAGGAGUUUCGGUGCAGUUUGAGGCUGACGAGGCAGCAGAAGAGUCAUUCUUCCCCAAGCCACCUGGCCAGGAGACCAGCCCAGAGUCCCCAGUGAGUGAAAACAUCUCUGAGAGCCAGCCACUUAACCCCAUCCUGGAUGACGACUGCAGCUCGACUCGUGGCUUCCCCACACAGGAGUCCUUUACCAUGGCCUCUUGCGCUUCAGAGAGCCACUCCCAAUGGGUCCACACCCCCAUUGAAUGCACAGAGUUGGACCUGCAAAAGUUUUCCAGCUCUGCUUCCUAUACUGGAGCUGAGACGUUGGGGGGGAACGCAAACGAAAGCUCUGGAGACAGGCUGCAGCUCAAUGUGCCCUUUGAAGUUGCCAGCCCUUAACUCUACUGAGAGUUGACCUACAUCAUUUCUUGAUUCCCUGGACUAACCUGGAGAGCCAGAUUUAUCAACCAUAUUCCUACCUCGACUUCAUUAUAAAGAAAAGAGGAGGGAAUGACAAUGAAUGGGGUAAGAUGUUCCUGCCUGCCUUUUGUCAGGUGGACCUGGAGGAAAGGACUCUCAGAAAUCUGCUGAUACAUCUAUCUAGCACUUCAGGGAAAAAAAAUUGUACCCUUCUGGGUUUAGCUCCUCU